UCCUUUCUUCUUCUUCUUCUUCUUCUUCACCUGCCAUUCAACUUCUACUGUAUUAAUUGUUUCCCUGCAAAGUUUCUCUGUAUGCCGUGAACCUCAAGUUUGCUUUUUUAUUCUAUAACAAACAUGCAGAGUAUUUCAUGCAAGGAAACUAGGAUAAGUUGCUCGUUUGAUAUCGAAGAACUAUUAAAAAAAGAUUAUUCUUCGACAAAUUGGAACCGAAAAUGGAGGAUUAUUCGAAAGUAGAAGCAGAAGCACAUGAAACGCCUGCCAAUGAAGAUUCGAGUUCGAGUGAUAGUGACGAAGAGGAGAAAGUGGUUUCUGAGUCGGUUGGGAUUUCUGAGCCUGAUGCUGCUGCUGAGUUAGAUGCUACUGAGUCUGAAACAACUCGAGACUCUGAAGUAGUGUUAACCGAUGUGGGACCGAAGCAAACAACGCUACUGCCGCCCGAUGAUGACUCCACGGUCGAUGGAGUGGUAGUUGGUUUUGAUAACAAUGCUGGGAAUUCGUCAAGUUUCCCAGAACCGGCAUUGGAGCAAAACGUCGAAGAUUCCUCGCGACCAGCAACCGUUCCAUCGUUGAGACCAGAGAUGGCGGCGGCGAUGGUGGUGGUGAAGUUGAAGCAGGCAAGCCCGAUAUUAACGAAACCAUGGAAACUCAGCCGAUUCCUUCUAUUCGUCACCGUCUGGUGCAUGCGAUUUCUUGGAGGAGUUGCUGUGGACUUUUCGAAGUUCUUCGACGGCGCUCCGAUAGAUGAAUCCGAGCACUCUCCGGCAACUCAUGCUUAAUUCUUUUGUUGGAAAAUAGUUAAAGAAGAAUCUCAAGUUCAAGUUGGAGUUCAUAUGUUGUUUUGUUUCUUCUCUUUUUCUAGCAUUUUCUGCAAAAAGUAAUUGUUUGGGAACUAAGAAAGUUCAUCGGGGAACGUAUUUGGGCUUGAAUGUUGGGAUCUGCCAUGUGUGGAGUGUUUGCAUCAGUCGCCUUUGUAUCCCUAAACCUUCUGUAUUGUGUACAAAUAAUUGCAUGCUGAUGAUUUAUGUUAUUC